AUGGGGGACAAUAGGCUAUCUGUGGAGAAUACGUACCAGUUAGGACCAGAAGAGCCCCUCACGCGCUUGGCUAUCAGGCCUCUGGUUCAGAAGGCUCUACAGAAGCAGUUUUUGAAUUGGACAUAUGACGCUAAAACUGGGGCAUCCAAGAGCCGCGACACUUGCGCAAUGAUACAGAAUUACAUAAAUGAUAGUGCAGUUGUUCCGCCUCGCUACAAGGUUAUGGUUCAAGUAUUUAUUGUACCUCUCAAAGGGCAAUGCGUCCGGCUUGCUACGCGUUCCGUCUGGGAACCGUCCACAGACAAUUUGGUCAGCGAAACGUUCACUGGCCGUGAUUACGCUGCAACUGCCCUUGUUUUUUACACAUAUAAUGAGUGA